CCGAAUUCCUUUUCUCUCAUUCCAACACUUUUUUUAAUUAUAACUUUCUUAUUUAUACUAAAUCUCCGUCUCCAUAGCUUCUUCUUAAAACCUCUUCAAUUUAUUGUCUUUAUUCAGCGUUGUUGGAUAUUCUUCUCCAAAUUACUCGGCAUCAAACAGAAACAUGGCUAAAGACGGACCCAACUGGGAAGGAUUGUUAAAGUGGAGCCUUGCUCACUCCGAUGGAACUGCCUCCGCACGCACUCUUAGAGAGGAGGAUAGAAAAUGGUUUAUGGAAGCUAUGCAAGCCCAAAAUGUGGAUGUUAUUCAGAGAAUGAAGGAGAUUACUCUGGUUAUGCAAGCUCCUGAGCAUGUACUGGAGGCUCAAGGUGUUACUCCUUCUGAUAUUGAAGAUAUGUUGGAAGAAUUACAGGAGCAUGUUGAGUCUAUUGACAUGGCAAAUGACCUGCACUCUAUUGGUGGUCUAGUUCCUCUCCUUGGUUACCUGAAGAGUUCCCAUGCCAAUAUCAGGGCGAAGGCUGCUGAGGUUGUAACCACUAUUGUCCAGAAUAAUCCUCGCAGUCAGCAAUUAGUUAUGGAAGCAAAUGGCUUAGAACCCCUUCUUACAAAUUUCUCAUCAGACACAGAUGUGAAUGUUCGAACCAAAUCACUUGGUGCAAUAUCAUCUUUAAUCCAGCAUAACAAGCCAGGUAUUGCUGCAUUUCGUUUGGCUAAUGGUUAUGCAGUCUUGAGAGAUGCUUUGAGCUCAGAGAGUGUUAGAUUCCAAAGGAAAGCUCUCAACUUGAUCAAUUACCUUGUGCACGAGAAUAGGUCAGAUUGGAACAUAGUUAGUGAACUAGGAUUCCCACGCAUUAUGUUACACCUUGCAUCGAGUGAAGACGGUGAAGUGCGAGAGGCUGCCCUUCGAAGUCUUCUUGAUCUAGCUAGAGUGACAAAUGGCAGUAAAUUAGGAGAAGAAGAUGAGAAACUGAAGCAAGUACUUGAAGAACGAAUAAAGGGUAUCAGUUUGAUGUCGCCCGAGGAUCUUGGGGCAGCAAGAGAGGAAAGGCAGCUCAUCGAUUCCCUCUGGAACGUCUACUACAACGAACCAUCGUCCUUAGGUGAGAAAGGUCUUCUUGUUCUCCCUGGAGAAGAUUCCUUAUCCUUACCGCCUGACGUUGCUAGCGAACAUUUCGAACCUCCUCUUAGAGCAUCGGCAGCAAAUCCGAAUACUACCCAAGACAACAAAACUGACAAGAAACAAUCUCCUUUAUUACUUGGUUUGGGACCUGCACCAUAGGCUGCCAACUCUCGGACAGCACCAGAUGCGCAUCUGGGAUAAAGUAGUUCAUGUUAACUCAGGCUGCUCCUGUUAGAAAGGUUUAAGCAGAUUUGAGUACCAGAGAUAUCUUGUAUUGUAUGUUACGUUUCAAAUUUUGGAAUGCUUCAUGUUUUGGGCUUCCUUUUCACUUUCUAAAUAGUUAAGAAAAUCUUUACAAUUUUUUUUUA